AUGUUUGCGAUCCCCCCACCACCACGGUAUCCUACCAACAGCGGCUUGAUCGCGACAACCCUCGAAACUGCGAAUACUCUGACCAUUCGCGAGGGACCCGAAUACACAUUUCAAGCCGGUGAAGGCACGUAUGUUUUAAGAGACGACCUGCAACUCGCGACCCCACCGCCUCAUCCUUCUGAAGCCCCCGUCAUCAAUCCCAAUCCUCUCGCGACCAGUGCUACUCCGCCCACGAGUGGUGUUAAAUUGUCUCUAGUAUCCUUGAGCCCGAAACAAAUCACUCCGGACCUCUACAGAACCACCACCGCAACAAUGAAAGCAUUUGGUGAGGGCAAUGCUGCCCUUUCUCCAGUCAUCAGCAGAGAUGGUCUCAAGCGACGGAAACCGAAGAACAACAUCAUCAAAAGCAAUUCGUCUUUCGUCUCUCGCGUCAUUCCCCACGAAUCUCUCGCAAAGAAGCUCCAGGAACGAGACCAGCGAGGUACGUUCGCCUUUAUCAACAUCAACCGGGCUUUUCAGUGGUUGGAUCUGUCUUCAGGGGCAAAACAGGACCCAAUGACCAAAAUCCUCUUUACCAAGGCAACGCAACUCAUUGCUCACAUGCUAUGUCAUGAUGUCAAUAGCAUGACCAAACACUCGACGCAUAUGGACAUUGUAAUGGGUUCCUCGGCCAGUGAUAUCAUCUGGUACGAGCCCAUAUCGCAGAAGUAUGCCCGCAUCAACAAGAACGGCAUGAUCAAUAAUUCGGCGAUUUCUGCGAUAAGAUGGAUACCUGGAUCAGAGAACCUCUUCCUGGCGGCUCACAUGGACGGAACUCUUGUCGUGUACGACAAAGAAAAGGAAGAUGCCCCUUUCGUCUCGGAAGAGCUGGUGGACGAGGCGAUUAGUAUCGAAGAUGAAGACCUGUCCACGUUGGUCAUCAGCAAGAGUGUGAAUUCGUCCAAUCAAAAGGCUAAUCCGGUAGCUUGCUGGCGGAUUUCCAAUCAGAAUAUCACCGACUUUGCUUUUUCGCCGGAUAAUAGACAUCUCGCUGUAGUCGGUGACGAUGGUUAUCUCCGGAUAAUAGACUAUCCGCAAGAAAGGCUGACCGAUAUAUAUUCCUCCUAUUAUGGCGGCUUCACAUGCGUAUGCUGGUCGCCUGACGGCAAAUACGUGCUCACCGGAGGCCAAGACGACCUUGUCACUAUUUGGUCGCUACCUGAACGUCAGAUUAUUGCUCGAUGUCCAGGACAUGACUCAUGGGUAACGGCUGUUGCUUUCGACCCUUGGCGCUGCGACGAGAGGACAUAUCGUUUUGGCAGUGUAGGCGAUGAUUGCAAGCUCCUGCUUUGGGACUUCAGUGUUGGCAUGCUGCGUCGUCCAAAAGGGGCAACGGCUAGGACUAGAGGCAGUAUCUCGGCCCAAUCGAUCUCGCUGCUCCGUCAGCGGACGGAGAGCACAAGCAUCGUCAACCGAAUCAGAUCUGACUCAAACCGGACCGGAAGUUUCGUCCAACCCGACACGGUCGACGAGUCCGAAUUUCUCAACCAUGCCGUUGAACCCAGAGCAAGGACGGCACAACUGCCCCCUGUAAUGUCCAAGAAGAUAGAUGACCAUCCGCUGAGUGGUCUCGCAUUCGAGCAGGACUGCAUCAUCACGACUUGUCAUGAAGGUAAGCGAGCAUGUUUCAUUCCUUUCCUGACCAAUCCUCUACACGAGCGAAGAGCGAACGGCUGA